AUGUCAGCGCUGUCUUCGUCGCCCUCGGGCUCAAGCUCCGGCUCGAGCGCCUCCGGGUCGUCUGCGGCGUCGUCGUCCUAUGCCGCCCCUUACGUCCCCAAGGGCGAAUACGAGGACCCCUUCACCUUCAACACCUUGAACAAUGUCGAUCAGUACAAGAACCCGCCUCCAGCUCAAUUUGUCAAUCCUUCUUUGCAAGAUCUCAUCGCACCCCAUCUGGAGAGCUUCAACGCUCUCUUCAGCGCAGACCCUUCCAUCAGCUCGACGGCAGAUCACUCAACGACCGGCCCGAGCAGCUCCUUCGCAGAUGCCACACGCUCCGCUAGCAGCGGCGGCCUCCUCGACCGCGCCGUCCGUAAUAUUCCUCCGCGAGUCGUCUUUGACCGAGUACAAGAAGCUGAAAUGCCUUCGGGGCGAGGCAAUCGGCUCGAGCUACGAGUUGAGGGCAUCACUCUGGGCAAGCCGACCCAAGCCAGCGGUCCUUCCAGCAGCGGAGAGGUCCGACGAGUAUGGCCAAUCGAAUGUCGCGAGCGGCUCAUGACGUACAAGGCGAGGAUGACAGCCCGUGUCAGUUGGUCGGUCAAUGGGCUCCCCAAGCAAGUCACAGAAAGAGACAUGGGCAUGGUGCCGAUCAUGGUCCGCUCGAAUCGCUGCCACCUACGCGACCUCUCCUCCGCUCAAUUAGUACAACACAAUGAAGAAGCCGCCGAGAUGGGCGGGUACUUUCUCAUCAAUGGUAACGAACGCCUGAUUCGCCUCCUCAUCGUACCGAGAGCCAACCAUGUCACCGCAAUUGAGCGACCCUCGUUCGCCAACAGAGGGCCGUCGUACACGUCAAAGGGCUGUCAGAUCCGAUGCCUACACAAAGAUGAAAUGACGAGCGUUACGAACACUGUUCACUAUCUCGACAAUGGAGGCGUGACUCUGCGUUUCAGCUGGAAGAAGAGGGAGUACAUGGUUCCCGCGAUCAUGGUUCUCAAGGCUCUGACGGGCGCCACAGAUAAAGAGAUCUUCCUUGAUCUGACCCGCGGAGAAGUAGACAACACAUUCUUGACCGAUCGAGUGGAGAUGCUUCUACGAGGCUUCAAGUCCUACUCUUUGUACUCGGGCGAGCACUGUCUGGAGUAUCUGGGCUCGAAGUUCAGAGUUGUCUUGGGCUGCCCCGAGGACUGGACGGACGCAAUGGUAGGUAUGACUCUUCUCGAGCGCCUCUUCCUCGUUCACGUAGAGGCGCCGAGGGACAAGUACAGGCUGUUGAUCUUCAUGAUGCGCAAAUUGUAUGCCCUCGUCGGAGGCGAAUGCUCCACAGACAAUCCCGAUUCGCCUCAGCAUCAAGAAGUUCUCAUGCCUGGCUUCUUGUACGGCAUGAUCAUCAAGGAGCGCCUCGAUGAAUACCUGACAGCAUUGAGGGGUCAAGUCGUCCGCGAUGUCCGUAUGGGCACAAAGGGCAUUGAUUUCUUCGAUGGCAAGUAUAUGCAGAAAGUGUUUCAGAAAGUGAUACCAAACAUCGGUGGUCGUCUAUCCUCUUUCCUAGCCACGGGAAAUCUCUCCUCUCCCUCUGGUCUCGACCUCCAGCAAGUUUCCGGCUUCACCGUCGUCGCCGAGAAGCUCAACUUCUACAGAUAUGUCGCCCACUUCCGUUCUGUACAUCGAGGAGCUUUCUUUGCCGAGCUGAAGACUACGACCGUCCGCAAGCUGCUUCCCGAAGCGUGGGGUUUCCUAUGUCCGGUUCAUACGCCCGAUGGGUCGCCUUGUGGCCUGUUGAACCAUUUCAGCCACACUUGCCGUCUGGUCACUCGUGAGCUCGACAUCAGCCAAGUCCAGCCCCUUCUUUCCUCAAUGGGUCUCACUCCGCCCUUCGCUCAUGUGGAUGGAAGAAGUCAUGUAGUCGUUCAGCUUGAUGGUGUCAUCAUCGGAUACGCGACACCAGCUCUGGCUUCUCGCUUGGCACAGAGCCUGCGCCUAUUCAAGACGCAGGGAACGCACGGCAUCCCUCUCGACCUAGAGAUUGGCUUCGUACCAGUCUCGAAAGCAGGGCAGUACCCGGGUCUCUACCUCUUCUCGGGUCGCUCGAGGAUGAUGCGACCAGUAAGAUAUCUCGCCAACGGGCAGCUGGACCACGUGGGGCCGUUCGAGCAGGUAUAUCUGGACGUCGCUUGUCUGCAAGAAGAUAUCCACGAAGGCCUUACCACGCAUCAAGAAUUUGCGCCUACAAACAUCCUGUCUGUCAUUGCUAACCUCACUCCGUUCUCAGACUUCAACCAAUCACCUAGAAACAUGUACCAGUGCCAGAUGGGCAAGCAGACGAUGGGGACUCCCUCCACAGCCAUCUCUCGCAGGACCGACAACAAGCUCUACCGCAUUCAGACGCCACAGACACCUAUUGUGCGACCAGCACUUCACGAUCAUUACGGCUUCGAUGGAUUCCCGAACGGUACCAACGCGAUCGUCGCUGUCAUCUCCUACACUGGGUACGAUAUGGAAGACGCCAUGAUCCUGAAUAAAUCUGCUCACGAAAGAGGCUUCGGGUACGGCUCCAUCUACAAGUGCGAAAUCUUAGACUUGACCGUCGAGGCAGGCUCACGCUCAUCUGCCUCCACUACUCUGCACUUUGGCUUCGGACCUGAUAUCAAAACGACGCAUCCCUCCAGAAGCAAGCUGGACGAAGAUGGUCUACCUCCCGUUGGCGAAAAGUUCAAAGCAGGCGAGGCGAUGGUCGCGUACUGGGACGAGGUUACUGGCAAGACCAAGUUCAAGAAGUUCAAGGGCGACGACUUUGCAUACAUCGACACAGUCCGAUUACUGCCUUCUUCCGAGUCUUCGCAGGCUCAAUUUACCAAGCUUCAAAUCACGCUCAGGAUCCCUCGGUCUCCAGUCAUCGGUGACAAAUUCUCCUCCAGGCACGGACAGAAGGGUGUUUGCUCGCAGAAAUGGCCGGCCGUGGAUAUGCCCUUUUCAGAGAGCGGGAUGCAGCCCGACGUCAUCAUCAAUCCUCACGCCUUCCCCUCCCGUAUGACAAUCGGGAUGCUUGUAGAGUCUAUGGCCGGCAAAGCUGGAGCUCUGCACGGUGUCAGACAAGACGGAACGCCGUGGUCCUUCAGUGAAGAUUCCACUCCUCAUACAUAUUUUGGAGAGCAGUUGACAAGAGCCGGAUACAAUCAUCUUGGUCAGGAGCCGAUGUACAGCGGUAUCACUGGAGAGGAGUUCAGAGCCGAUAUCUAUUUGGGCUGCGUCUACUACCAGCGCUUGCGACACAUGGUCAACGACAAGUUCCAGGUCAGAACGACGGGUCCGGUUCAUCAGCUAACGAGGCAGCCUAUCAAGGGUAGGAAGAGAGCUGGUGGUAUCCGUUUUGGUGAGAUGGAGAGAGAUGCUCUGCUCGCACAUGGUACCUCUUUCCUCCUGCAAGACCGGUUGAUGAACUGCUCCGAUUAUUCAACUAGCUUCGUAUGCCGUCAGUGCGGAUCUCUCAUCUCGCUCGGGUACGAAGAGAAGGAUUCGUCCAUCAAUCUGCCUGGAGGUGACGUCCAUAUGUUGGACGCAUGGAACGUCGAAGAAGAGGAGGCCAAGAUCGAGAACGCAGGACUCAAUGGGGAAUACUGUCGCAUCUGUCGCGCAGAAGACGAGGCGAAGAAGAGCAAAGGAUUCGGCCUGGAUGGGUACGAGGAGCUGAACCAGGCGGACGUAGAGGCGCGAGUGGUGGAGAGGGUCAGGAUUCCGCCCGAAAAUGUCAUCAAAAAGGGGAGCGGCGGAUUGGACGUGGUGGCGGUGCCUUAUGUGCUCAAGUACCUCGCCGCUGAGCUGGCCUCUAUGGGGAUGAAGAUGAGCUUCGAAGUGGCAUGA